CUGGGUGUACUUUAAACAACGUUCUCACGCAUAUAUCAUAUCAUUGUUUGCCAAUAAAUUAAACAUCUUUUUACUCGACGUUACAAAAUCGUCCUAGUCAAAUACAACAGACGGUGAAAUUUAAAAGUGUCAAAUUUCUAACAUGGAAGUCAAGUUGAAACAUUGUAUAUGAAGUUCGAACGCAAUCCCGACACUGAUGUUUAUGUUCAAGUCUACUUUCCUGUAUCUCUUCCUGUUAAAGAUAUACACCUUCAGUGAUGCCGUUGAUAAAAUCAAAGAACAAGAUUCGGUAAUUUCUGAAAGAGUUAAACGGAAUGUGGAAACCAUCAUUAUAGAAACUGUUGUUAUUUUGGAUGCCGACUAUAUAUCUUAUUUAAAAGCAAAGGGGCAUAAUACAAAUGAGUCCUUGUACGAACUUGUUGCGCUAAAAUGGAUGGGGGCGCAAGCAGAGUGGGGUAGGAAAGAUGUGUUUGGUUAUGACGUACGGAUAGCGAUAAAAGAUAUUGUUCUAUGGGAAACUAAUCCGACAUGGUUUGUGCCAUCAACCGAAUUAGAUACAACAUUAUAUCGGCUAUGUUCUGGAACAAAGUCAAGAGGUCUAUGGAAAGACUAUGAUCACAUUUUUUUAUUCACUGGGAAGAAAAACACCGACGGAUAUUCUGGAAAGGCAAACACAGGAGAAAUUUGUCAGGACGGGGGCAAAUGUGCCUUGUCUGCUAUUACUAGUGUGGUCGAAUAUGUUAUCACUGCACAUGAACUUGGACAUAGUAUGGGGAUGGGCCACGACGGAGAUGUUGGAUGUCCGAGCCCCAAUGAUGGCAUCAUGGGCAGUAGAUCAUUAAGCUGGAGUCGCUGCAGUGUCGGUGCAAUGGAACACCUUUUAAAAAAAUCAACGGCGUCAUGUCUUUUUACAACAAAUAUUCCUGCAAAUGAUAAAAUAAAUAUAACGGAGGCAUGGCCAGGAAUGGUUUACAGCAAUGAUGAAAUCUGUGGGUUCAAACAUGGACCGGGAUUCCGGUACAAGGCCAAUAACGAGAAACAAUGUCCAUCAUAUCAAUGUGUGAAUCUAAACACGACAUCUUCAUUUUAUGGAGUCAGCUUCAGUUAUAUCACACCUACAGACGGCGGUAAUUGUGGACAAGAAAUGGUAUGUGUUUCAAGAAAAGUAGAUGGAAGCAACUGUAUUAGUUGGAACUCUACAGGUCUGGAUAGACUUCUAUUUAAAACAGUUAAAGGAAACUGGUCACCUUGGGCGGAAAUGACGUCAUGUAGUCGCACGUGUGGAACUGGCGUCCGAUAUAGACAAAGAACUUGUAAUAAUCCAAAACCACAGAAUAGUGUAUGGUGCGAAGGCAACGAAUAUGAUGCAGAAAUAUGUAAUACUGAGGUAUGUGAGAAUGAUAGUUUGGUAGAAUCACAGAUUAUAAAACAACGUGCUAGUGAAACAUGCAGCUACUGGAAGACUAACAACGUUUAUGCAGCCAUUGAAGAGGAUCACACCAAUUACCUCAACACGGGCAAAAAAUACAAUAACAAUAAUGGUCAGUGCGAGGUAAAAUGCGACAGGGUAAGUAAUUAUACGGGAGGAAAAAAUAAACGGAAUGGUUUAAUGCCGAACGGUACGCCUUGUUCACCCUUACAAUUAUCAUCCUUUGUUGAGAAAAACAAUUUACCGAGAAGAUCGGGAAUGUUCGGAAAAUGUAUCCAUGGUCAGUGCUAUUUAUUUGGCUGUGAUAACAAGACCGGAAAUCCCCCACUAACACGUGACCGUUGUGGCGUCUGCGACGGAAACAACUCCACUUGUACAACAGUAGAAGGUGUUUAUGAAAUCAUCGUAGGAAAAGGUCAGCGAGGUAUAAUUGACGUUGUGCCAGCAAAUGCAUCUCUUAUACAGUUCUACUUUACAUAUGGGACUAUGAAAAACCAUUUCCUAGAACUACGUACACCGGAUACGGACACGGGAGUGAUUAUAUUCAGAACGCUGGACACAACAAAAGAUCCAGUGAAAUUUGCAGGAACUGAAUGGUAUUUGUUAUGGUCUAAACAAUACUUAUAUGCAGAAGGACCUUUAACCCAGGAUGUCGUUAUAAAGCUGUACAAUUAUGGAACGUUCAACAACACAGGAGUCAAGUUCGCUUAUUCUCUUCCUAAACCAUAUGAAGAUACAACAACAACAACUUUAUCAACAUCAACAUUACCUACAACCACUCAAUCAAAACAGCAAAAUUUCUCAUCGUCAACAUCAAUACCUCUGAGUUCUUCUACACAUAUUUCACGAGCAGCCAAAGUAUUGAAACGACAGAGAGUUCGUUAAACAAUGAUAAUAGUAUUAUAAUAGGUGUUGUUGUUGGAGCUUCUGUUGUUUUUGUCCUCGUUGUUGUUGUUGUUGUUUUGGUGGUGUUAGCCAUGCGACGCAGGAGAAACUCCUCACACUCUUUUGACUGGGCUUGGAAAUAAUACAUUCAGCACGUAGAUAGAAGAUUUCCCAAAGGUGCUGCGGUCGAAGAUUUGAACAUUGCCGGGGAAAAAAAUCAGUUACACGUUAAACAUAAUAUUUUAUUUAAGCAACUUUUCAGGACACCCUCCGGAUAAGAAGCUUGAGAUGAAUUUACACAGAUAUUAUCUUAAAGGAUAUAUUCCAACACUUGGUGUUUUUUACCGACAUACUGUAUUUUUAUACAUGUACAAAUGUAACCCUGGUUUCAGUCAUUUUAAUAUUCAAAUAACUUCAUCCAUGUUUGAAACGAUGCCGCCUAAAAGAUAUUACAGAUAAGAUUUAUUAUCCUUUUAAUACAUCAUUUAUGUAUGACUGUUCAUUUAUGUAUGACUGGUUAUGAAAAAUGUCAAUUAUUUUGUAUUGGGUUCAAACGUUUAGACGCAAUAUGUUUUACUUUUUUAAUGUUUAGUUAAACUUAUCGACCAUUUCACUAUAUAGGGCAUUAUUUUGAGUGGACACAUUAUCAAAAUGUUUAUUUCAGAUAUAAAGCGCAAGUGAUGAGACCAAAGAUAUAUUUUACCCUGUUUCACUUUCAUAUUUUUCUUUGACAUGACACAAGACAAUAUUUGUUAAUUUCAAAAUCGAGAAAAAAAGCAACAAACAAACGAAUUUGAUAAGAAACUAAUGCGCAUUUGUUAGGAUUGGCUACUUGUAUGGCAAUGGAAAAUUGUUUAAAAAUAAAAAUCAUUAAUUUUAUUUAAAAUAUUAGUUCAAGGGGGACAAUCGUGAUAAUGAUAUUUCAACAGUUUGUGUAGUGUUUAAGUAAUUUUAUUAAAAUACAUUAGGAUAAUAUGAAAUCAUUUUAAAAGUGGCAUUAUUUCAAACUAAUUUUACAUGUUUAUGGAUACUUGAGUUGGAAAGACGAAUGUCGUCCUUGCCACGCCGCCAUCGUCACGAGCACAAUUCAACAUUUGAGCCGUGUCACGACAAAACAAACAUAAUGUGUUUGCGACCAGCAUGGAUCCAGACCAGCCUGCACAUCCGCGCAGUCUGAUCAGGAUCCAUGCUGUUCGCUAUCAGUUUCUGUACUUGUAAUAGGGUUUGUAAGCGAACAGCAUGGAUCCUGAUCAGACUGCGCGGAUGCGCAGGCUUGUCUGGAUCCAUGCUGGUCGCAAACCCACUAUGUUGUUUUUGUCGUGACGCGGCUCAAUUUGAAUAAUGAUAGCUAAUGACGUAUUUCAUUAUUUUGUAACAAUUAUUAAAAUGUGUUCAUAUGACCGAUUUAAAUAAUGAUUGGGGUCCAAACAUUAACGAUUAUUUUAGUACAAAGGAUUCUUUUUAUCAAAAUUAUGCAAUAUUAGGUUUACAUACUGUUUCGAUCAUUAAUUGAUAUUUGUUAACCCAUUUUUCAUUAAUGAUAACAGAUAAAUUUUCAAAGAUACUAAUAUAAUAAUGCUUCUCUUUCAUCAAACUGUUUAAUAUUUAGGUUCCAAGAUAUACUGCCUCUAUAAAAUUCAUUGUAAUAAAGAAACAUGUUUUGUUUAAUGAAAGUCUUCCGUCACCAACCAAAUUACUUUCCCUGUAUUAGGUUUGAUUAAAAAGCGAUUGGUCAAUAAUUAUUUGUAUUGCUCAGGCUCAUAUAAGUAAGCAAGUAAGACUAUACCACCCCUUUAAUCUUUGCCUCAGUCACCACCCCAACUCUACCGAGCUUUGAAUGAUUUUUCAACUCCUUGAGUUUUCGACCUCCUUUAAAAUAACUGAUUUUUAACGUUUUUGAUUCUUUAAAAGUAAAGAAAUUAUAUCUUAAAUUUGAGAAAAACAUUAAAGCAAUUAUAGUUUCAAUUGUAGAAUCGAACUUUAUAGCACUAAAUACAAAAUGAAGUUUGAUAUGCACGGAAGUACACGAGACAAUUUCCUGGUGGACAAGAAAAAGUGGACAUGGAAAAAAUAGAUACUGGCUUGAAAAAAGUGUUUACUACAUAACAACUGAUAAAUAUUUAUUUGACUUUCAAAAUUAUAGGGUACAUAUAUAUUAUUAUUACGCAUGUGUAUAAAUAUAAUUUCUUUUUCACAUCAAUUUUGUAUAUAUGCCUGUGUUACUGCUUUGUAUGAAUAAUAAAAUAACGACUGAAUAU